AUGGAGCACUUCCACAAAGGUCGCCCGGAGAUCAUUCAGAUAUUCUCGCCCGAGUCACAGAAAUGUGACUCGGCCCACAAGGCUAUGGACCGGGAUAAGCUCCGCGGCCUACUCUUCGACGCGGCGCGCAGCUACUCGCGCGCCGUCAUACAUGCGCAGCAAGGAAAAGGCCAUGAUCGCACGUUAUCCGCUCUGCUGUACAUCGUCCCCAAAGACGAGCAUCUCCCUGAGUUUUUCGCCGAUCCUGUCUACGACUUCUCGCGUCCCAGUUGGGUGAUGACGGGCUCAACCAACAUUGCCUACCAAGAAGCGGGCUUCGUACUGCACCAACCCAAGUCGGUAUGGGUUCAGUACCGUGUUGGAGAUCGUGGCGCACUAUUCUCGGUGGUCGCGAACAAGGGUAAGGGCGGGUUCUUCGUCGAAUGUCUUGAACGUGCUGCCAAGGUGGUCGAAGAUCUCUUGAAUAAUUUGUGA